AUGUAUGAUGGGGCAAAGACUCGGGUUAGGAUAGUAGGCGGCGACUCUGAAGAUUUUCCGGUUGUUAUGGGGUUACAUCAAGGUUCUGCGCUCAGUCAUUUCCUAUUCGCCCUAGUGAUGGACGCGUUAACACAUCAUAUUCAAGGGGAUUUGCCAUGGUGCAUGCUAUUCGCUGAUGACAUAGUUUUGAUUGAUGAGUCACGAACCGGUGUUAACAAGAGGCUGGAGGUUUGGAGACAAGCUCUUGAAUCUAAGGGUUUCAAGCUUAGCAAGACAAAGACGGAAUACCUGGAGUGUAAGUUCAGCGCUGAGCAGAGGGAAGUGGGCGUGGGUGUGAGGCUUGAAUCACAGGUCAUCUGGAGUAGAGACAGCUUCAAGUACCAUGGGUCGGUUAUCCGGGGGGGAGGGGAGAUCGACGAGGAUGUUACACACUGUAUUGGGCACGGUAGCACCGGGGACAGCUCCCUCGGCCGAACAGGCACCGGAGAGAUCGAGCAAUAA